AGGAAGCUCCAAAGAGAAAGUAGAAGGGAAGGAAGCACGCAGUGGCCUGCAGGUGUGCAGGCUGAAGCCAGGAGUGGCUGCCACUCUGAUCCCCCACCUGCAGCCUCAACCCCUUGCAGGCAAGAGCUGCCGCAGCCAUGGCGGGGAUGAAGACAGCCGCUGGGGACUACAUCGACUCGACCUGGGAGCUGCAGGUGUUUGUAGGCGAGGAGGACCCCGAGGCAGAGUCGGUCACCCUCCGGGUCACCGGGGAAUCACACAUCGGCGGGGUGCUCCUGAAGAUCGUGGAGGAGAUCAAGCGCAAGCAGGACUGGUCAGACCACGCCAUUUGGUGGGAACAGAAACGACAAUGGCUGUUGCAGACCCACUGGACGCUGGACAAGUACGGGAUCCUGGCCGAUGCCCGCCUUUUCUUCGGGCCCCAGCACCGGCCCGUCCUCCUGCGGCUGCCCAAUCGCCGCGCCCUGCGCCUCCGAACCAGCUUCUCCCAGCCCCUCUUCCAGGCCGUGGCUGCCAUCUGCCGGCUCCUCAGCAUCCGGCACCCUGAGGAGCUGUCUCUGCUCCGGGCUCCUGAGAAGAAGGAGAAGAAGAAGAAGGAAAAGGAGCCGGAGGAGGAGGUGUAUGACUUGACCAAGGUCGUCCUGGCCGGGGGCGUGGCACCUGCGUCGUUCCGGGGGAUGCCAGCCCACUUCUCAGACAGCGCUCAGACGGAGGCCUGCUACCACAUGCUGAGCCGGCCGCAGCCACCACCAGACCCCCUCCUGCUCCAGCGCCUGCCUCGGCCCAGCUCCAUCUCGGACAAGACCCAGAUCCACAGCAGGUGGCUGGACUCGUCGCGGUGCCUCAUGCAGCAGGGAGUCAAGGCCGGGGACACGCUCUGGCUGCGCUUCAAGUACUACAGCUUCUUCGACCUGGAUCCCAAGACAGACCCGGUGCGGCUGACCCAGCUAUACGAGCAGGCUCGGUGGGACCUGCUGCUGGAGGAGACUGACUGCACCGAGGAGGAGAUGAUGGUGUUUGCAGCCCUACAGUACCACAUCAACAAGCUGUCCCAGAGCGGGGAGGUAAAUGAACCGGCUGGCACAGACCCAGGGCUGGAUGACCUGGAUGCAGCCCUGAGCAACCUGGAGGUGAAGCUGGAGGGGUCAGCGCCCACGGACGUGCUGGACAGCCUCACCACCAUCCCAGAACUCAAGGACCAUCUCCGGAUCUUCCGGCCCCGGAAGCUGACCCUGAAGGGGUACCGCCAGCACUGGGUGGUGUUCAAGGAGACCACGCUGUCCUACUACAAGAGCCAGGACGAGGCCCCAGGGGACCCCAUUCAGCAGCUCAACCUCAAGGGCUGUGAAGUGGUUCCCGAUGUCAACGUCGCAGGCCAGAAGUUCUGCAUCAAACUCCUGGUGCCCUCCCCCGAGGGCAUGAGUGAGAUCUACCUGCGGUGCCAGGAUGAGCAGCAGUACGCCCGCUGGAUGGCCGGCUGCCGACUGGCUUCCAAGGGCCGCACCAUGGCAGACAGCAGCUACGCCAGUGAGGUGCAGGCCAUCCUGGCCUUCCUCAGCCUGCAGCGGACAGGUGGCGGGGGCUCGGGCAACCACCCCCAGGGCCCUGAUGCCUCCACCGAGGGCCUCAACCCCUAUGGCCUUGUCGCCCCCCGCUUCCAGCGAAAGUUCAAGGCCAAGCAGCUCACUCCACGGAUCCUGGAAGCCCACCAGAACGUGGCCCAGCUCUCACUGACUGAGGCCCAGCUGCGCUUCAUCCAGGCCUGGCAGUCCCUGCCUGACUUCGGCAUCUCCUACGUCAUGGUCAGGUUCAAGGGCAGCAGGAAAGACGAGAUCCUGGGCAUUGCCAACAACCGACUUAUCCGCAUCGACUUGGCAGUGGGAGACGUGGUCAAGACCUGGCGCUUCAGCAACAUGCGCCAGUGGAAUGUCAACUGGGACAUCCGGCAGGUGGCCAUCGAGUUUGACGAGCACAUCAACGUGGCUUUCAGCUGCGUGUCUGCCAGCUGCCGCAUUGUGCAUGAGUACAUCGGGGGCUACAUCUUCCUGUCAACUCGGGAGCGGGCCCGUGGGGAGGAGCUGGACGAGGACCUCUUCCUGCAGCUCACAGGAGGCCACGAGGCCUUCUGAAGCCUAUCUUACUGCCCUGUCCCGCUCACCACCUUCCAUGACCGCUCCUAAGCCCACACCCACUGGGACUCACUGCCCACACCCUCUCCAAACAUGCACUGACCGAGCUGGCCACAUCCACCCACUGUCACUGGCUUUGGGUAGGCCAGGGACCUGGCUGGGCCAGACUCUGCCAUCCCCCAGGCUAGGGAGGGUGGGCCCUUGUUUGUACAGCACCCACCCUUCCCUUGUCUGAGUGGCCAAGACCAACACCCCUGACCCAGCUGUAGUCUCUAAGCACACGAGGAAGAUUGGCCGCAGCUACGAGAUGAUGACUCAUAGUUUCAAACUGGAGUUUCUCUUUUGUCAUCUUUUUACUUUAAAAAAAAAAAAAUUUUAUUGUUGG